CCUUUUUCUCUCCAUUUGGUUGUAAAGCUCAAUUAUGUGUCAUUAGCUGAGAAGAGUUUCUGCCAAAUUAGAGGAUGCCCCACCCCUAUCUUCCUCAUCCCCUUCCCCCAACUGGGAAAUUGGAUGGGCUGGGAGGAAGAGAGUUAAAAGCUUUGACCGUGGCUGCUCUGGGGUGACAGAGGGAAGGAAGGGGACAGGUUGGGCAAUAUGACAAGUGGCUGAAGAUCCAGGCAGAGUGAGAGAGCUGACUGGCAGACAAAAGGAAAAUCAGGUAGGUAGGUGGACAGAGAGAUAGCAGAGGGAGAGAGACUGGCUGAGCCGGUGACAGCAUAUAGAGGACCCAGCAAAGAGACAGACCUUGGAGGUGGCCCGCCAUGAGCACCAGCAUCUUUUUGCUCCUGUGUGUUCUUGGGCUCAACCAGGCGGCCACGUUGAAGAUUUGGAAUGGCACCGAGUGUCUGCCCCACUCCCAGCCUUGGCAGGUGGGACUGUUUGAGGGCACCAGCCUGCGCUGUGGGGGUGUCCUCAUUGACCGUAGGUGGGUUCUCACAGCUGCUCACUGCAGCGGAAGGUACUGGGUGCGCCUAGGGGAACACAGCCUCAGCCAGCUGGACUGGACGGAGCAGAUCCGGCGCAGUGGCUUCUCCGUGACCCAUCCCAGCUACCAGGGAUCCCUGAUGAACCACGAGCACGACCUCCGGCUUCUGCGCCUGGGCUUGCCCGUCCGCUUGACCAGCAGUGUCCAGAUCCUGCCCUUGCCCAGCACUUGUGUGACCACAGGCACUGAGUGCCACAUCUCGGGCUGGGGCACCACCAACCAUCCGUGGAACCCAUUUCCAGACAAGCUCCAGUGCCUCGACCUCCCCAUUGUCUCUGAUGCCACCUGCCGCGCUGUGUACCCCGGGAGAAUCACAGACAACAUGGUGUGUGCAGGUGGUGUCUCUGGGGAGGAUGCCUGCCAGGGUGACUCUGGGGGUCCCCUGGUGUGUGGGGGAGUCCUUCAGGGUCUGGUAUCUUGGGGGUCUGUGGGACCUUGUGGACAAGAAGGCAUUCCAGGGGUCUACACCAAAAUUUGCAAUUAUGUGGACUGGAUCCAGAGCGUCAUAAGGAACAACUGACCUGCUCUCUCCACCUCUAACCCUCAACUUGGGGGCCACUCUGACCCUCAGAGGACCGACACCUCUUCCAUCACCACUCCCAGCUCCCACUUUUGUUGGUCUGGCGAAUUUUUUGGAACUCCUGCUAGCCCUUCUAAGAACCCUGCCAGAGACAGGAGGAGUGAGCAACUGUCUGGAAUAAAUAUAAUACAACUGAA